AUGCUCGGAGCAACCAUUAGUUCUCCUCCCCCCACUGCUUUUUUCUCCUAUAAUCUCCUCUUUGCACUCCUAGAAGAGAUAGAGACCAGACGCGCCGAGGCAAUGGCCACGCUAGCCCGGCUGCAGGCGCGGUCCACGAUUCUGGGACAUCAGUACUACUUCAGGAACAGUGUUGUAGAUGUAUUCAGAAAAAAGGAGAAUGACGCUGCUGUUAAAAUCCAGAGCUGGUUUCGAGGAUGUCAGGUUCGGGCAUAUAUCAGGUAUUUACACAGAGUAGCAAUAAUUAUUCAAAAAUGGUGGAGAAGUUACUUAGGCAGACAACAUUAUCAAUUAAUUGUGAAGUUAGCAUAUUAUGCUAUGAAGAUGAAUCUCUACAAUGCAAUGGCUGUCAGGAUUCAGAGGCGAUGGCGAGGCUAUAAGGUUCGGAAAUACUGCUUUAAUUAUUAUUAUUUGAAGGAGUACCUGAGAGCUGUUUCAGAGGCCAAUGAUGCAAUUAGGGAGGCGCUGGACGAGUUUGCAGACAUGCAAGAAAGAGAAGAGAAGAAGGCGACCCUCGAAAGGGAAGAGAAGAAAAGAGAUUACCAAGCCCGAAAGAUGCAUUACCUCCUCAGCACAAAGCAGAUUCCAGGUGUAUACAAUUCACCAUUCAGAAAAGAUCCUGACCCGUGGGAGUUGCGGUUACAGAAGGCAAAGCCUUUAACACGCCAGAGAUCUAGAGUUAAGCAGCAGCACUCCGUCAGCCUGAGCGACUGGCUGGCUUGUACGAGCGCCCGUUCCUUUCCUCAGUCCGAAGUUCUGCCGCCGAUUGAUAGGAAACAGUGUCAGGGGCCCUUCCGCGAUAUCGCUGAAGUGUUGGAGCAGCGCUACAGGCCUUUGGAGCCCACCUUGCGGGUGGCAGAACCAAUCAAUGAAUUAAAGGAGGCCCGAGAGGAGUUCAGAAGACAGGAGUGGAUGCGAAAUGUAAAUGACAAAAUGUUUUUGCCAUUUUCUUCCUACCAUAAAAAUAAAAAAUACAUCCCAUCAAUGCAUUCGUCAAGCAAGUAUGGUCCUGAUUCUUAUGGAUGUCAACAUUUCAGAGAUGAAAAUCCCAAGAAAUGGAUCUGUGACAAGAAUUUCCAAACUGUAUUACCAUCAUUUGAUCUCUUCUCAAAGUACGGAAAAUCAUAUUCAAAAGCCGGACAAAUUGUAUAAAGGAAAUAAAAGAAGACAAAAUGUAAAAAUGAAGUUGAGUCAUGAAGUGGGUGUGAAAUAGAAGACUCCACUGCCUGGAAUCCUGGAUUCUGCUUAAGUAACCUUGACACAAGUCUCUUAACCUCUGAAGUGUUUCUCUCUCUGUCUCCCUCUCCUCUGUCCAAAGAAGAAAUUGGAACCAUCUCUGACUCAUUCAAAAGCUCUACAGUUCUAAAAGGAAAAUACAAAUGAGGAUCCUACAGAAAAUACACUUAAACCAUACUUCUUAUUAUGAUUCAAUAAACUGUAAUAUUUUAUAGCCGACUAGACAUGAAUUAAUUAUAGUGUGAAAAAAAUAUAUACAUAGGUGUGUGAAUAGUGGGUCUUUUACCUCUGAGAAUGUCUAUCACAACCACAGCCCCUGGUGACCAAAAAUGCCUAAAAUUAUUCCAUUGAAGUGGCCAUAUUCUGACCCCAUCGCCCUAGUCAUAAAUGAUGAGGCCAGAAUUAGAUACCCCAGUGAAGGGCAGCAACAUGUAAGUAUGAGUGAUGAAUGGCUUGAAAUAUGAAUGGUAUGAAGUGGUUUGUCAUGAAAACUCUGCCCUGAGAGACAUAGUGACUCAUCAGACCAAUUAUAACCCCAUUAGGACGUUGAACUUGAGACACACAGACAUAGACCAGUGGCUGUGGGAGCAGAAACAUAGGCACCCUCAAAUAGAGAAGACAAAUAGGGAAGGUCUCUGCUGGAAGGAGAACAAGGAGGUAACCUGGUUGUUAGGGUUGUACCUAGCACACUGUAACCACUUAGUAAGUGUGUCUGACUCAUUAGAUUGUGAAAUUUUAGAGUAUGCCUUCUACCUCUGACUCUUUAAUAACAAUUAGCAAUCUAUUAGGUGUUUUGUAGAUGCUGUGUGAAUAUUUGUUGAUUCUGACCUUAGCACAAACUUGUCAGACAAUUACCUGAAAUUAUAAAGAGUCUGAAUGUUGCUCGCUUCAAAGCUACAU